GGGUCCCACGGCGUAUUGUCACAAUCUCUCUCUCUCACAAAAACCAGCGAUGGCGUUCGGACCCUCCCGCGUACGGAGCCUGCCUUCCCCGCCCGGCGGAGACGACGGCAUCAUCCGCCUAUCGAGAUCAGCGGCAGCGCCGCCUCAGCCACCCUGGCCCAUCGUUCUCCAAGAAAGCCCCCGCCGCCGCCGCCGCCGAGGACGUAGGAGCGGGGGCUACAUGGCGAGGAGAAGGAAAGCCCGCGGGGCGUUGAGGUGCGGCCGUCGGGGGCCGCCCCGACGAGGGCCUCUGUGGGAAGAAGCUCUUGGCGGAGCUCGGAGGUCUUGGGGCACGGGUGGGGAAAGGAGAGGGGACGCCGAAGGCUCCUCGGGAGCUCAGUAGAUCUUCGUGGUGUCGCUUGCGCCAAUGCCCGAUUCUUGAUUCAUCGGCAAGAACUGGUACGCAACAUUCUUUGCCCUAGUUUCUGAUGUAAUAAUCGGCAAGAACGGCUACCUCGCCAAAGAAUUCAUCGGCGAGAACUGGUUCGCGAAAUCUUUGCCCUAGUUUCUAAUGUAGAAGUCAUCUCUCCGUACGAUCAAAACUGGGAACAAGGCAACUUCGUGGAAGGGAAAGAGAUGGAUCUCUUAAUUCCAGGUUCUUGAUCUCUUGGUUCUUUCUUCGAUUUUUGUGGAGGGAAAGAAAUGUUCUCUUGAUCUUGAAGUUCCUUAUCUUGUUUCAGUUAGAAAGGUUUCUUCCGCUCUUUUUGAUCAAUAAGAUUGGGAACUCAUGGAGGUUUCCAAGGGAGGAGCCAAUCUCACAUCAUAGUUAUCUUUAGAUUCCAUGAAGUUGCUAAACUAUGAGCCUAAACCAUCCUUAGUCUUCACUAGAAAUCUUGAUACAAGUCUUGUAUGUAACUAAUUCCACUAAAAUUGAAGCCAAAUCGGAACCAUUGGCACAUUAUUACUCUCUGUUACAAGGAAUAGAACUACUUACUGUCUUGUACCAUUCGAACGGAGCAGGAAAUUCUUAUUGAAGAGGAAGAACUGUUGAUCAAAGUGAUGAUGAAUGGCCUGAAAGUUCUUCUGAUGGCGAGGAAAAAGAAAAAAAAAAAAAAAGGAAUGGUAAGGGGGCAUCGAUCUCGCCAACCCUGAAUGCACCGAAAAGAAUUGUCAUUACUUACGAUUAUGUUGGAUGAUCCAUGCUGCAGGUUCUUAAUUCCAAUUGAUUUAUUUCCUUAUGUGGAGUAUCUAUCUGAAUUAUUAUGCGUGAAAAAAAUAAUUAGUUCAUUUUAUGUUUUUUUUUCCAGAUAUUUGCAUCACACCAUUUAUUAGAUCUGAGAAUAUAGUACGAAACACGAUCAGACAUGUGCAUUAGAACCAAUCAUUUGGUCAGCUUUACAUCUUGAAACUCUUUGGUAGAUAUGUGCAUUAUAUUUUGCGGUUAUGCUCUAGACACUUUGAGCAAACGGUUAGUGACCUGUUAAUCAUUCCUGUUAUUGAAAGGAAUAAGAUUUGCUGAGAGAAAAGAACCAUGAAUAUAGUUGUGAGGAUAUGUUGGGAAGAAAUUUCAUGGGUGCAGGAAUCGCUCACUUAUUUUAUAUCUUGAGACCCUCUGAAUAGCAUAAUUUGUAACUAAAUUGGGAUCGUAGAAAUUAUAUUACAUGAAUCUCAUGCAGGCAUUGAGGUUUCUUUUUUUUCCGGCAUGAAUUAGUGUGGGUGUCUUGAUUUUAUAUAAACGUCAUCAAAAUUUAUAGAUUCUAAAGUAUGUUGAGUGUUUUAGUUUUAAUUUUGGAUGUACUUGGGUCCCUCAGAUAUAUGAUGUAGCCGAAUGGGUUCAUGAAAACAAUGAUCUUCAAAGCACAUUUUUCAAAACUAAGUUCCACUGUGUGAUUCCUGAAAACAUGUAGGGUUUUUACGAGAGGAGCUGAUGCAGCAAUCCAAGGAAAAUAAGAGAGGAACUGUGCAGCUGAAGAAUUAUUACGAGAGCGUAGACUGUACAAACUUUUAGACUGUUCUCCACUGAUCUCAAGAUGGCGGUUCUCUUAUGAAGAAAAGUUUGAGGCAUCUUCGUUUCAGACAGUAUCGGCUUAUAUUGGCUGGAGGAGGAGAUGAUGAUGAACUUCAAGACUUGUAUUUCCAGAUAAUUCAAUUAAAGUUGUUCUCCUACAUCUUCCUCUAUGCAGCACAGUGAAACUUAAUGAUGGAUGGAUUUUUUAUUAGUGCAAAUACAAAGAAGUUGUUCCCCUCGGAGUGCUCAUUGUUUAAGGGAAGGGCACGAUCGAUGAUGGAUGGGCUCAGAUAUGUCUUGCAUGCAAUUUUGGAUGACGUGCUGAUAAUGUCCGGAUCUCAUUAACAACAAAGCUCAUGGUUUCCCGGUGGAGGGGGAUGGCGUAUGACCGGGGCCAGGGAUGUGGAACCCACGGGUGGGACCCAUCUCAUCAAUCCGAGGUGGGAUCCUCUACAACCAUCCGUGCCCCCGCCAACCAGCAAAUUGAAGACAGCAGAGAUGGGGAUGGGACAAGAAUUGGAAGGGAUCCAUGCUAGCCCUCCUUCGGAACCGUCUGUCAUCUCCGACCCCCUCAAUGAAACAAACGAAAUCGACGACACUGACAUGAAGAUGGGAGGAGGAGGAGGAGCCGACGUGAGGAAGGGGCUCAUCGUGCCGGUCGCCGGCGAUGAGGAGACACCGACGACGAAGGCGCCCGUGGGCUCCGCGCCCAAGGACUUGUUCCACGUCGCCUACGCCGUGUACUUCACCCUGGGUGCGGGGUUCCUCCUGCCGUGGAACGCCUUCAUCACCGCCGUGGACUACUUCAGCUACCUCUACCCGGGCGCCCCCGUCGACCGCGUCUUCUCCGUGGCCUACAUGGUCAUUGGCCUCCUCCUCCUCGCCGUCAUCGUCUUAUGGGCCCGCCGCUCCAGCGCUCACCUCCGCGUCAACGCUGGCCUCGCCCUCUUCAUCGCCGCCCUCCUCGUCGUCCCCGUCAUGGAUGCCGCCUACGUCAGGGGCAAGCAGGGGCGCUACGCCGCCUUCGACGUCACCGUUGGCGCAGUGGUCCUCUCCGGCAUCGCCGACGCCCUCGUGCAGAGCGGCGUCAUCGGAUCCGCUGGGGAGCUCCCCGAGAGGUACAUGCAGGCCGUCGUAGCCGGCACCGCCGCAUCCGGGGUGCUUGCUUCAACUAUGAGAGUCAUUACGAAAGCCAUCUACCCACGGGAUGCCCAUGGGCUAAGGAAAAGCGCAAUUCUGUACUUCACCGUGGGCAUUGUGAUGAUGGUUAUCAAUAUCGUCUGCUACAACAUGGCGGACAGGCUUCCUGUCGUCCGAUACUACAGACACAUCAAGCUACAGGCAAUGGAAGACGAGAGGAACGAGAGAGGCCCCACGAGCGGGUCUGCACUGGGGUCAACCCUGUGGCAGAUCACGGGGAGGAUCAAAUGGAUCGGGCUUGGAAUCUUCCUCACCUAUGCUGUGACACUAUCCAUAUUCCCGGGAUAUAUCACGGAGGAUGUUCACUCCGAGUUGCUCAAGGACUGGUAUCCCAUCAUGCUCAUCGCCGGAUACAACGUGUUUGAUCUGGUAGGGAAGUCUCUGACGGCGGCCUACCUCGUUGAGAAUGCCAACGUUGCGGUAUCUUGCUGCGUCGCAAGGCUUCUCUUCUACCCACUUUUUGUUGGUUGCUUGCGUGGCCCCAAGUUCUUCCGCACGGAAGUCCCGGUCACCGUUUUGACAUGCCUCCUGGGGCUAACCAAUGGGUAUUUGACUUCAGUGCUGAUGAUAAUGGCACCCAAGUCCGUGCCGAUACAGCAUUCAGAGACGGCAGGGAUUGUCAGUGUAUUGUUCCUAGCAAUUGGCCUGUCUUUUGGGUCAAUAGUUUCUUGGUUUUGGGUCAUUUAGGUGCAGUUUUUUACUCACGUAAACAAGCUACUGCUAUAUAGUGUAAUGUACCAAUGUCCGCAAGAAUGAUGCCUUUAUAUGCUUUCUUGCUUCUAUUUAA